AUGACGGCUGCAUUUGUUGGUGGCACGUCCACUUUCGUGGUGACUUUUUGGCUCCUUUCAGGAAGACAGCCACCACCAUCAUGGUGGUCGGCUGCAUUGAGGUUGCUCAACAGAUCCAACAAAACCAUGGUAAUUGCAGUAGAGAAAGAAGGUGGUGUCGUGUUUGAUUGCAUAGUGUGUCUUUGUGAAGUGUCCCAGGAAGACCAGUACAGAAAGCUUCCAAACUGCAACCAUGGCGUCCAAUUCCAUGCUCAUUGUAUUGAUGCAUGGUUGAAAAAUCAUAGCAGCUGUCCAAUCUGCAGAAGCAACAUCCCCCGCCCAUUGUCUCAACGCCUAAAAGCAUAUGUUUUGCAACAUCUCUUCGAAGAGGUUAUAUCCUAUUGUCACUCAGCCUUAGAUAACGUAGCUAGCUCUAUUGGAGAUUGUCGAGACUUUUGA